UAUGCUCAAGUCUAGGCGUCGACGUCAGUCACGUGAUGCUGAAAGAAAUGAUUUACCUGCUGUCUGUGUCUGUGUCACACCUGUACGAGUGAGUCUGACGCUCCCGAGCUCUUAUAACAUUACAUAUACAUUCAUUUAAUCUUCUCAGUGGUGUAUCAGGACUCUGAUCGUGGAAAUGUGCGACUUUCAUGUUCAACCCUGAACUAACUGGAGCUUCGCCGCUAACCUCAGACAUGAUCACAGAUCAGCAAUCCAGCCCAGAAAAACAGACUGACAUGCUUAAACAUCCAGAGGAGAUGUUCUCUGAGCUCAGCAGAAGUGACGGAGGUCCGCCGGACAGCAGGACGGAGAGCAGCCGAGAGCUGGAGGAGCGGGACGAACGGAUGGAGGCGCUGGAGAAGGAUGAUGGAGAUGAUGGCAGACGGCUCCUGGACUCCUGGGGUCCAGAGAAAGCCAUGCAUGCGUUCACACCGAACGUGAUGAUCGUGCAGCCGACGGGACACGAGGACGUCCAGAAGGAGAUUCAUACGGAGAAGAUUCCUCUGUAUGUGCAGAACUUCCACACAAACCCUCCACAACAUUUCCACCCGCCGUGGAUUGACGAAAUAGACAAACCUGAAGACAGUUGUUGUGUGGAGGUUGUGCGCUUGUGUGUUUGUGUAACGGCUGCCGCGGUGAUUUUCCCGUUACUGACAUGGGCCGGAUAUAAGCUCCUCCCCUUCGAUGCCCCGCCCCUCGACAGCUCCGCCCUCAGACUGGUCUACACACUGCGCUGUGCCUUCUUCGCCAGCAUUCCCAUCGUGCUCGGUGUGCUGGUUCAGGGCGUGGCGCGUCUGAGGUUCGGGACGCUGAAGCCUCUGUUUGAGGGGACGUGGGAGAAUCAUGAGGUGAUCGUUCACAGUCAUUACGUGCGAGACUCGCUGCACCUGCACCUGCUCUACUUCCUGCAGCUCGCCGUCAUGGCAACAUACACCCAACAGGAAAUGCUCAAACUGGUGCCGCUCCUCACCAUCAUCUUCGUCUUUGGCAGCAGCGUCCGAGCGCUCGGAUUUGCUCUCUCCUUCCUGCCUCUGCUUGUUCUGCUGGCCGCAAACCUUUAUUUCAUUGGCUCGGUGAGCGGACAGGAGGCGGUGUUUCACAUGACUCCGCCCACUACAGCUCCACCCCCAAAACAGAGGUGGUGGGGCUAAAAACAGCAUAUGAAUAAUCAGAAUUAUCACUUAAAAAGCCAGCGAUCACUUUACCGCAGACGUCACAUCCGUCAGGCCGGACAAUCAAAUAAUAAAGACUGAAAGACUGAAUGAAGGACUCUGACUUGCACUGAAAGGAAGAGAUGAUGAAUGAGAAGAAACUCCAUAUGCGUCACUAAACCAGUUUAACUGCUGCAAACCUCAGCGAGCUCAGUAGUUACUCACUAUGACUCCACAAACAUGUCUGAAACCAAAAGGAGAGAUGUGAGAUUAACUUAGUCUUGGAUAAUAAUUGUUUAAUAAUUUUUUUUUUUGUAUUACAGAAAAGUAUUUUGAUGUUUCAGACAUGUUUUUGUCAUUAUGAUUGCUGAUAUUUCAUUGAUUGUGCCAUAUUCCUCAUGUUUAAUAAUGUUUGUCAUGAUGCAGUCUUGUCGAGUGAAUCUGAUAUUUCCAUAUGUAUAUGAUGUUUGAAGGUUUAUGAAUAAAUGAUGCACAAGAUGAUUGAUUUGAAUGAUUUCGGUGUUUGAUUCAAAUGUAUUAAGUUUAAUUUUCUACAGUAAAAUCACUUUACUAAAAAUUAUAGUAAAAAAAAAGUCUUAAAG